UGACUUGUGUUAUUCACACUUCCACGAUAUUUACCUGUUUGUCUUUUGGCGCUUUCACGCCGAACCUUGCAAAAGUAAUUUGCUUUUUUAAACUCCCUUGUAUGAUGUCAGAAGAAAAGGAAAACCACGAUGAACGAAAUGUUGAAGAAGAAAAGGCUGAAAAAUUGGUGAAAUUACCACUGUCACGCAUUAAAAGUAUCAUCAAGAUGGACCCAGACGUCAAUUUAGCAAGUCAAGAGGCAGUUUUCCUAAUUGCGAAAGCAACGGAACUGUUCAUUGAGUCGCUUGCAAGGGAAAGUUACACUCACACAGCCCAGUCGAAAAAGAAAACGGUCCAACGGAAAGAUAUCGAUGCUGCCAUAUCAUCAUCCGAUUCCCUACUGUUUCUGGAAGGGGCGAUAGAUGUGUAAUACUACAUAUAUUAUUAUUCUAUGCGCCUGGUACAACCGUCUACAUAUUAUGUAUAUUUAAAGUAUAAAAUUUUAAUGUUCA